AUGAAGGAGUUUGCAGCUCACACUGCCAGUGUCAACUGUCUUGCCCUUGGCCACAAGUCAGGCAGGGUUCUGGUCACGGGUGGAGACGACAAGAAGGUCAAUCUUUGGGCCGUGGGGAAACCGAACUGUAUUAUGAGCUUGUCUGGUCAUUCAACUCCUGUUGAAUGUGUUCGCUUCGGCCCUUCUGAGGAACUGGUUUGUGCCGGCUCCUUGUCUGGUGCCAUGAAAAUAUGGAAUCUGGAGGCCGCAAAAAUUGUUCGAACCCUCAACGGUCACAAAGCCAACAUUCGGUGCAUCGACUUUCAUCCAUAUGGAGACUUCCUGGCAUCAGGAUCUUUAGACACAAAUAUUAAGCUGUGGGACAUCAGGAGAAAAGGGUGUAUAUAUACCUACCAUGGCCAUACAAUGACAGUGAAUAGUCUGAAAUUUAGCCCUGAUGGGCAGUGGAUUGCAUCAGCAGGUGAAGACACAACAGUGAAACUAUGGGACCUGAGAGCAGGGAAGCUUCUAAAGGAAUUCUCAGGGCACACUGCAUCAGUCUCAUCAGUCGAAUUUCAUCCAGAUGAACUCCUGUUGGCCUCUGGUGGAAAUGAUCGAAAGGUUCACUUCUGGGAUCUUGAAAGCUUAAAUUUGGUUUCUUCGACUGAGGCAGAUUGUGCUGCUAUUAGGUGUAUUUAUUUUGAUCCUGAGGGAAAACGUUUAUUUGCUGGAUCACAAGGUGUCCUGAAGGUGUAUGGAUGGGAGCCAGGAAGAACUUAUGAUACCUUGAUUAUGGGGUGGGGAAAUGUCCAUGACAUUGCCACUGCUCAGAAGCAGUUGAUUGGUGCCUCAUUCCACAUGACCAAUGUUUCCUUGUAUGUGGUUGACCUCAAGCGUGUUCAUCCUGUGGCUGGUGAAGCCAUGAUAUCUACAAUUGUUUGCAAUAAUCCUAAAACAUUCUCACAUUCCCAUUUGAGAAAAUCCUUCAACCGUGAGAAGAACUGCAGCACUACUGGUGGCAAUAGUGCUAACUCCAACUUCAAGAUGCAGUUGGAAGAUUCUGAUACAGUGACUACAGACCCAGAAGAUGAUACUUCUUCUGCUGCUGAUAUUCGUGAUGAAGAUUACGUGUCAAUAUUCCAGCCACGUAGCAGAGAUCUUCGACGGACUCCUCCUCCUCAGCCAGAACCCUUCCUUGCUCCUCCUGAAGAUGACAUCAUUGGAGAAAUGCCUCCUGUUCCUAUCAAAGUGAAAGAAAUGACACCAAGAGAAUCAGGACCUGGGAGACCAGGAAGAGAAGGGAUUGGUGCUCCAGUGAAGCCACCAAGAGGUCCUGAUCAUAUAUCUCGCCGGGAUUCUCUUCCAGCUGGUGCCCCAGAUGAUCGGGGCUCCAAACCCAACAUCAAUUCCCUCAAUUCAUAUUCUAUCAAGGAAAUUCCAUCUCGACUUCGAAGAGGAGAUACAGGGAUAGAGAGGCCUUCUGUGGUGCAUACAAAUCCCAAGACCCUAUCAUCAGUACCAAUAUCCAAAGAGAGGGUUGACUUUAUUCCAUUUCAAACAGAGCAGCCCUCUGGUCUUAAUAUAGAAGAGUUUCUUCCUAGGAAGAUGGCUGGUUUGAGUGUGGGCUCAUUAUUGCCAUCAGAUGUGGGCUUGUCAGAGGCAGAAGUGAUAUCUACCCUCUGUCGAAGCCACAAAUCCAUGCUUACCAUUUUGACUGGGAGAUUGCGUCAGCAUCAGAUAGUUCAUUCCAUUUGGUCUAGUAAGGAUCCAAAGCAUUGUGUGAAACAUGAAGGUGAAUUGAUGUUCCUUUCUCUGAUGUUCACUUGCUUGCAGCAUGCCAUUGAUUCAGCUGUUGCCAUGCGUGAUCCCUCUAUUGUAGUUGACUUGCUAUCCAUCCUCAACCUCAGGCCGAGCAUGUGGAACUUGGACCUGUGUGUUGCUCUCCUCCCAUCUUUGCAAGAGCUCUUGGAGAGUAAAUUUGAACUGCAUAUGACAACUGGGUGCAAUGCAUUGAAAGUAAUCUUGAAAAAUUUUGCUUCGGUCAUCAAGACAAACAUCAGUGUUCCAGUUCACACAGUUGGUGUGGAUAUUUCACGAGAAGAGAGGUAUGGGAAAUGUAUGGAGUGCUACAAUCAACUAUUGUCCAUUCGUGCCUUCAUCCUGAAGCGUCAAACUCUUCAAGGAAAACUGGGACAUUUGUUCAGAGAACUACAUCUCCUUAUGCAAAGCCUGGAUUGAUCUUGCUGGUCAUGUAUCAAUCCUUUUUGGUGACGCUUAGCUACCUGCAGCCUGUAGUGUCUUCUGGGCAUGUGCUGAUUUCAGGUACUUUUAUUACCGGUCCUACGGAUCAUUUUUAUUGCUGGUAUUGAUAUUGUCUGUGAUUUUCUUGCUUUGAGUUUCUUACAUGUCUUUUCUUUACAAGCAAAACGAGCAAAGAAGCGUAAAUUAAUAUGUUGGUGAAUCACAACCAUUCUGUCAUCUAUUAUGCAGAAUAAUCCUAUACUAGUAUCACUAAUCUCAGCCUAAAGAAAAGGGGAAACACCGUUGUUAUAACCUAUUUUUGUGACAAUAUUUUAUGAAGGAUGUGGGGUCCGUUUAGUUGGACACAAGGCAUGAUUGUGGGAUUAUGUGAUAAUUGUGCCAUGAGACUUGUGUAAUGCCUUUUGGCCUUCCUGAGGUUUGCUCUUUUCUCUCAUUGCAGACUGUUCUCAGUUCAUUGUACAUUGGUACCAUACUAAGCAGCCUGAAAAGAAUAAUGUUAUCUGGCUGUUGGCAUCUGUGGAAUUUCCAGAUGAAUAUGUACAACCAGAAGUGUCCCCUCAGUUAACCUCUUGAACUUAAAAUGCUAAUCCAGGCUCAAAUGAGAUGGAUCCCUUUCCAUGUGAUAACAUUGAAUGUAGUCUACCAUAUGUCAGCAUGUCUAAGGCAACUUUAGAGAUGUGCAUUUUGUUUAUAUGCCCUUUUAGGGGAUUGUAAGUCAUCUUGUUGAAGCGUGCAAGUAGAAUUCUGCAAAUAUUUGAAACGAUCAAGGUGCUCCAUCAGAUCAUGAUAAUCCUCAAAUUGGUAAUGCAGAGUGGAAACUUUCUUUAAAUAUUUGCAUCAAUAGUGUCAGUGAAGGCCUUUUCUGCAAUCUCAGGUAGACAUAUCCAUUACUGAGCUCAUGAUGAGCUUGAGAUUUAUUUUGAAUCUGUAGAAUAUAUGCCAGAUAUGUUGGCUCUCACAAAGGAAGGGUAAGAAAAUUUAAAAUAAUCAUCUCUCUCAGGAAGCAGAGAGAUGAUUGUUUUGCUUUUUUUUGUCUGAUUUGCAACCUUAUACCUUUGUUCAUUCUACACCUGCCUUAGAUGAUUGAUGAAUCAUGUUCAAGUAUUAGACCAGUUGCUUUGCUAUCAUGAGGUGACAAGUACACUUUUGGAUUACCUCCAAGACUCCUGGAGCACUUUGACUGAAAGAAAGUCGCUGCUGUGUGAGUGCUGCUAUACUUGAUAGAGAUGCCUCAAAGUGUGAAAAAGUUAGUUAUAAAAAUGCAACUCUCUAAUGCUGCCUUAAUAUUUCCUUGAAAGAAUCAACCUCAUUGCUACUUUUGAUAAAGUAAUGAUGGAUACAUAUUUUCUCACUCUAAAGAGAGCAUUUGUGGUUGUGAAACACUUGGCAAUACUAAUUUGUACUCAUUCAAACUUGAGAAGGUGGGUUUUCAGAGGCCACUUGAAAUUUUAAUUGAUUUCAGGGAAUACAAGGGAUGCCAUGAUCUUCUCAAGGAAAUUUUGAUUGCUAUGAAUUGAAACUUAACUUUUUGGCUUGAGGGGAUGAAAUCAUCUCUUUAUGCUGUUUUAAAUUUUCAGCUGUCUUGGAAGGCUUCAUUUUCUUAUUAAUUAUCCAGUAUAACCUAGAAUAAUCAUAUUUCCAGAUCAAUCAUCCAGGCAGCUCACAUGCUCUCCUUAGGCACCUAUACAAGCAUAAACUAGUAUGAGGGUUAGGAAAGAAGUUGGGGGAUGAAAACAGAAAGCAAACAAUAUGGAAACAAUCCUUUAUGGAAAACAUCAACAAAAAUGUUUGGAGUCCCAGCAACAGUGUGGAGUACCUGGAGGAGAAUAGCCUCAUACGUCUAAUACCAGUACCUCAAGAGUUAAAUACUUGCAGGGUAACAUCCUUAAGUGCCUCUUGGUCCUUUCACCUUAUAUCAAAAAUUUGAAAUCCUUAUAAACAUUUCAUCACCUCUUUCCUGAUGUCAAAUGUUUUGAAAGUGGAACAUUGUGUUGGGUGCUGUUUGUACAGCAGAUUGUUAUUAAAUUUGUAUGGAAUGAAGAGAAAAGAGUCUACUCCAUGGGCACCUCAUAGAUUCCUCUUUCUUUGCAUUUGUUACACUUCAAAUGGUCCUGUGGGAAUGGUACCUUAUCCUUAGUGUUUGUUUGCUUCCUGGUGCUGUGUUGCACUUUUUGAGGGCCAUGCCAAAACUGUGUUAUUUCAGAUUGAUUCAGAAGUUUGAGAUGACUUACUUUUUCAUGGUGCACUGAACCUAUGUCAACCCUGUGGCUAGGUGGAUUGUGCUGGUGCUAAACCAGGUCCCCCCUCUCACCUUGAAUUGAUCAUAUGCUGUGUAUGGGUUAUUCAUCCCCCUUCAUUGAAUGAAGUAGUGUCAUUCCAUUCAUUCCUUUGACAUGAUCAAGAACAUCUCUUCAGUGUUUCAGAAAAUCUCAAAUUUGUGAUAUGUAUGGAUGCUUGUCUACAUUCCGAGUGAUAAUGGUCAGUUUCUUGUAUUUCAACUUUAACAUGAGACCCAUGGAUUACCUGUCUUUCAGAAAGAGACUUUAUGGAAUGUGUUGCAUGGGUUUUUUUAUUGCACACACCAAACUACUCAUUACUGGUUUUUUCAUUCUUGAAUUUCUCCAUCACACUCGGAAAUUUGGAUGUUCAUCCUGCAUACACAGUUUUACUGAUAAAUUUCUCUAUGGAUAUUAUGCCAUCUUCCGUUGACACGACUGGUACAUGUAUUCCUAUAAUGGCUGCUAAUUGGUAACAGUCUUGUAUAAAAUUCCUAGUCAUUGGCUGGAUGCUUUUUAAUGAGAAGUCUCAAAUAAAAAUUGGC